CGCUCCGGCGGUGGCGACGGCAACGUGACGGAGACGUUGUCGUAAAAUUAGGGUUUAUCUUUCUUGGCUUAUUGUUGUUGAAGAAGAAGGUAUGGUGAGGAAACACGGUUGGCAACUUCCUGCUCACACUCUUCAGGUGAUUGCAAUAACAGUGUUUUGCUUGUUGGUGGUCGCUUUCUAUGCUUUCUUCGCUCCUUUUGUUGGAGGUCGUCUUUGGGAAUACGUUUUAAUUGGUGUUUACUCUCCUGUGGCUAUUCUUGUGUUCAUUUUGUAUGUUCGGUGUACUGCAAUCAAUCCUGCGGAUCCAAGAAUCAUGUCGAUAUUUGAUACAGGCGUGAACAGAGAUGAUAUGGUUGGUGCCUUAUCGAGGAAUUUUGAUGAAACUGGUAGUCAGUUGCAGGCUUCUCCUUCAGUUGUCAGCAGGAGUUCUACCGUAGCAGGAAACUCUAGUGUGAAAGGUUCUGUAGGAGAUGCUCAAAGAGUAGAAUCUGUGAGAAGAAGAUCUUGCUAUAAUCCUCUGGCUAUCUUCUGUUACGUGUUUGUUUUGGAAGACUGCCGUAAACAGGAGGGGGUGGCGGAACAAGAAGGAAACAGCGAAGAGGCUCUGUUUUGCACAUUGUGCAAUUCUGAGGUACGCAAGUUCAGCAAGCAUUGUCGAAGUUGUGAUAAAUGUGUUGAUUGUUUUGAUCACCAUUGCAAGUGGCUUAACAAUUGCGUCGGUCGUAAAAACUACGUGACUUUUGUCUCUCUGAUGAGUGCCAGUCUUCUCUGGCUCAUUAUUGAAGCAGCAGUUGGAAUUGCAGUUAUAGUGCGUGUAUUUGUUAAUAAGCAGAGCAUGGAAACUGAAAUUGUCAAUAGACUUGGAAAUAGUUUCUCUCGUGCACCUUUAGCGGCAGUUGUUGGUCUUUGCACUUCUGUUGCCAUUUUGGCAUGUUUUCCACUAGGUGAACUUCUCUUUUUCCACAUGCUUCUCAUUAAAAAGGGAAUUACAACAUAUGAGUAUGUUGUGGCAAUGAGAGCCAUGAGCGAGGCGCCAGAUGGAGCAUCUGUUGACGAGGAAAUUCAGAAUGUGCUCUAUUCUCCCACUGGGUCUGCUACAACUGGAUUUAGUGGUGGAAGCUCUCUCGGUCUACCAUACAAGGGGGUCUGGUGCACUCCACCUAGAGUGUUUGAUAAUCAGGAUGAAGUCAUUCCCCAUUUAGACCCUCGCAUGGUCCCGUCGACCGUAGACCCAGAUGCACCUGGAUCAGAGAAAGGCACCAAGGCUCUGAAAAGACCUGUCAAACGUAGUGCAUGGAAGCUUGCAAAGUUGGAUCCAAAUGAAGCUGCAAGGGCAGCUGCCAGAGCCAGAGCGUCAUCAUCUGUCCUAAGACCGAUAGAUAAUCGCCAUUUACCUGAUAGUGAACUUAGUUCCAUUGGCACAGUUAGUAUCAUCAGUAGUGUAAGCACAGAUGCAAAUGUGGCUGCAAGUAAAGAGAUAAGGAACAAUGAUCUAAUGUCAUCUCUUUCUAGAAACUCCUUUGCUCCAAGCCAAGGUAGCCGGGAUGAGUAUGACACAGGGAGCCAUGGUAUGAGCAAUCUUAGCAGUCCAAGCCAUGUUCACCAGUCUGUCACACUUGCUCCACUCCCUCAGAAUCCUACAAUAGUCGGCAAUCGCUUCACUGCAACAACCCAUCACAUGCACUCAACCUUUGAUGAUAAGGUGCUGCACAGAGGAAACGAGGCGGAUCCACUAUUUCUCUCUGCUCCUGCAUCUCAUCGGAGGGAUGUGAAAAAGACAUCAGUUGUUUGGGAUCCAGAAGCUGGGAGAUAUGUAUCAGCUCCUGUAACGACAACAUCGGAGGUCCGCAACAGAUUGCCAAAUCCUAGCUCACAAACAGCCAACUUUCAGAAUCCAAGACCCAUUCUUCCAGCUCAAGAUUCUUCUUCUGGAUCAUCAGCACUAAGGGAUCCUCUUCCUCUUCACCAAGCCGAGAGAAGACUGACAUAUACAGGUGACUCUAUCUUCUAUGGAGGCCCACUGAUUAAUAUUCCGACUAGAGAUACCCCGAGAAGCGGAAGGGGGUCAGUAAGAGAGGUACAAGACAGAUUGGCAUCAACAGUUCAUCGAGAUGCAAGAUUCAGAAGAGAUUCAACAUCAAACCAGCUCCCGGUGUUUGCCCCUGGAGGUCUUGGGACAAACUCCCAACCCGGUUCUAACAUCAAGUAGUUACACCGAUUGUAUUUCUUGAAAGGGUCUGAUCUUCUACAAAACGCCUUCCCAAUUCCUAGAGAGGCUCCAAAUGAAUGGGUUCUGUGCUG